UGUAGUGUUUACUAUUUUUUAUUUUGGAAUUGCAAUUUGUAAUAUUUAAAAUAUUACAUAAAUUUGUUUUAAAGAAACUUAUAACUUAGCGACAUGCUUCCAAGUAAAUGAAAGUAUUCAAAUUUUGUUAAAUGAGAGUGUUUGUAAUGUGAAAAAAAUAAAAUCAACAAUUAUGAAAGAACUGAUAUCCAACCAACAGCCAAGUGCAUCGUUCUCUCAUCAUUCGAAUAAAAAUAACAGUAACUCAAGUACAAGUAACAACAUGACAAAUGGAAGUAGUCAACGAAGAUAUGCUGUCUUCAGUACAGAAUGGGUUUCUGCUAUUGGAGAAGAAUUAGGGAUGCAUCCUCUGCAAGAUUCACUGUUGAAAAAACUGGCUGAAGAUGCUUCAUAUCGUUUAAGAGAAAUUUUACACAAAUGUGUAACGCGGUUGAAUCACAGCCAAAGAAGAAAGUUGACAUCUUAUGACGUUAAUGCAGUAAUAACAAAUCUAUGUGAUGCUGAUCCUGUUUACGGAGCACCUGAUCAAAUGCCUACGUACAAUACAGAAGCACAAGUAUUCGUUCCUCAUGAAGAUUUCAUAGAUGUUAGUGCAAAAGCGGUUGAUCCCAUUAAUCUUAUACAACUAAGUGGGCCUUAUAUCAGUGAAACUGAAAUGGUAGAUCCAAAGUUGACUGAAUUAAGGCACAAUUAUGCUAAAAAAGCUCUCAAAACUCUAUUUAAUGGAUCUCAAAAAACAUUUCAGGUUUUGUUGAACGAUUGUGUAACUAAUCCACAUUUGGAUGGUGAAGGAGUCAUCGAUACUCUAAUUUCCAUUGCCAGAUCGACUGUGAUAUCAAAUAAUGCUCAAUAUACUAGAGUGACAAUAAGAACUUGUCAACUUAUAAUCGCCAUUGCUUCCAAUAGCGAAGCUGUGUAUCCUUAUCACUUAAACUCGGUGGAAAAGUUGACAGAAUUAUUAUUAGAGUUAUUAUUAGGUCAAAGUUUCAUUAAUCCUCAUGUAGAAUCGUUAUUCAGAACUUGUACGCUAAAACUGAUGCUCAGGUGGCCUUCAGUAGCAGAUAAAUAUGUUCCUAUGUUAGAAAGUGUUCUCAUGAAAGAUGAGAAAGAUAUCUUUACAACAAAUAAAAAACGGCUUACAGCAAUGGAGCUACUUGGAGGAAUUCAGCCGCUAACAUUCUUCCAGAAAGAACCAGAAUCUCCUCUUGCAUUAAAUAACAUUUUGAAAAAUGCGCUUCCUGGUACUGCUUUUUGGUAUCAAAUAGCUUUAUCUGUAGCUGCUUUGGUAAAGUCAAAUCAAAAGCAACCGAAUCUUAAUUUACUAUUUGAACAUUUUGGUGAUUCGUUACUACCAUAUGUAAGAUGUCCAGUUGAAGAAGAUGAAAACAAAGUUGCUUCAGGUCCAAUUUUGCUUCCAAUUAUUGUCAGAAGUAAAAUAAGGUAUGCUAAAAUUCGACCAAGUUUAAGAAAUCCUGGAGAUUGGCAGGCAGCGUUUCCAGAUUCUGUCUUAAGAGGGCCUCGUCGAGAAAUUAGAUUUGCAUUUGCUGGAGGAAGGCCAGUAGCUCCAAACAAUCUUCGUCGCGUAAGUUUACGUGCGAAUUAUCAAAUAUUAAGGAGCGAACUUCGGGCAACAUCAGCUCAUGUUGCUUCUCGCCGUCUUUUGAUCUUAAAAGACAAAAAAAAAAGCUUCAUUGGAUCAUACAGUUUAGCUAACAUCUUACUUUAAUGACAUCACAUAUUUAAAUAUAUUAAGUAAUUUUAUUUUCUUAAUCAUCAAUCGUUAAUAAUAAUCUAAUUAGGUUUCAUUUUUAUCUAAGUUGUAUGUUUACAUCAAUAAUGAGUUAAACACUGUACAUA